CUUUACAAUUUCGCCUGCCUGAACAAAUACUCUUUAUUCCCCGCCAUGGCCGACCUCGUCAUCUUCGAUUUUGAUGGCACGCUCUUUGAUACACACCAGUCUAUCGAGCACACAAUCAAACUCACCUUCGAAACCCUUCUCCCCAAUUACGUUCCGCCACAAGAUGAGAUUCACCGCCUAAUCGCGUGCGGCGCUGGCCUGUCUGACACUUUUCGCGUUCUGCACCCGGACACGACUAUCUUUAACUCGUCUGAAGAACAAUGGAUCACCAGAUACCGCGAACUGUACAGUACACAUGGUCAAGGCUUGAUUAAGGCGUUUCCCGGCGCGAAGCAGCUACUUGAACACUUCAAGACGCACGACAUCCCCAUCUCUAUUGUGAGCAACAAGGGCGUCGUAGCCCAAGACCGCAUUAGACCGAAAUGGACUUGGAGGUUACGUCCCUGAGGGACUGAUUGUCAGUGAUAAGACCCCAGGUGCCGAGAGGAAGCCGCAUCCAGCCAGCUUUACAAGUGUGCUAGUGCCGAUGCUGAGAGAACUUGGCAAAUGGCGGGAUGGAGCGGACGCCAGCAAGGUGCUAGUAGUAGGUGAUACGGUCGACGGUAUUCAGUUUGCGAAGAACAUUGGCUGCCGGGUGUGUUGGUGUCGGUAUGGUUAUGGCGAUCAGGAGG